AUGGUGGACUUGAGGUUCUUGGUGAUGGCCGUCGCGGCCGCUGUCUUUAUGUCGGCAGCGAGUGGCAGCAGUGUCAAGAGAGUGCUGACUCUGGAGAGGGCGUUUCCGGCGGACCAGAAGGUGGAGCUGGAGGUGUUGAAAGCUCGGGACCGAGCUAGGCACUCUCGAAUCAUGCAGAGCUUUGCCGGUGGCAUCGCCGAUUUCCCAGUAGUUGGUACCUCGGAUCCUUAUCUCGCCGGACUGUACUUUACCAAAGUGAAAUUGGGUUCUCCUCCAAGAGAAUUCAACGUGCAAAUUGAUACUGGGAGCGACGUCUUGUGGGUUACUUGCAGUUCCUGUAAUAAUUGCCCCCGGACUAGUGGACUUGGAGUUGAGCUCAAUUCCUUUGAUGCUGCUAACUCAUCAACAGUAUCCUCUAUUUCCUGUGUGGACAGAAGGUGUGCUUCUAUAGUCCAAGCUGCAUCUGCCAAAUGCUCUACUCAAAGCAAUCAGUGUGGUUACUCAUUCCAAUAUGCAGAUGGAAGUGGCACUGCUGGUUUCUAUGUAUCUGAUCUGCUCUAUUUGGACACAAUUUUGGGAACCUCAUUAAUUGCUAAUUCUUCUGCUCCCAUUGUUUUUGGAUGCAGCACCUCUAUGUCCGGGGACUUGACUAAAUCAGAUUCAGCCGUUGAUGGACUCUUCGGUUUUGGCCAGCAGGAUCUUUCAGUAAUAUCACAAUUGUCAUCACACGGGAUUACUCCUAAAGUAUUUUCCCACUGCUUGAAAGGAGAGGGAAAUGGUGGAGGUAUACUAGUUCUUGGAGAGAUUUUGGAUUCGAGAAUCGUUUAUACUCCUCUUGUUCCAUCGCAGCCACAUUAUAGUUUAUAUCUACAGAGCAUUGCUGUCAAUGGUCAGGUAUUGCCUAUUGAUCCAGCGGUGUUUACGACUUCAGGCAACCGAAGGACUAUUGUUGAUUCUGGAACUACUUUAGCAUACCUUGUUGAAGAAGCUUAUGAUCCCUUUGUUGGUGCUAUAACUGCUGCUGUUUCUCAAUCUGCAAGGCCAAUCAUUUCAAAAGGAAACCAGUGCUAUCUAGUCUCCACAAGCAUGGCUCAGAUAUUUCCUCCGGUUUCUAUAAAUUUUGCUGGUUCUGUGUCCAUGGUUUUAAGGCCAGAGAAUUACCUUGUGCAUAUGGGAUUCAUUGAUGGUAAUGCAACGUGGUGCAUUGGCUUUGUUAAAGUUAAAUCUCCCGGGACAACAAUUUUAGGAGAUCUUGUUCUCAAAGAUAAAAUCUUUGUUUAUGAUUUGGCUCAUCAAAGAAUAGGAUGGGCAGAUCAUGAUUGUUCAUUGUCUGUGAACGUCUCUAUAACUUCCGGGAAGGAUGAAUUUGUUAAUGCUGGACAGCUGAAUGUGAGCAGCGGCUCAUCUAGUAUCCUCCUCAAGCAGAUAAAUAAGAGCAAUAAUGCUCUCCUGCUGCAUACAUUGGCAGUGGUUGGACUUGUUUUUCUUCGCAAAUGUGGUGGUGUGCAGAAGAUGGUGGCUCUACGCCUUGCAGAGGUGCAGCAGUUGCGAUCUGUUCCAGGGAAGCAUCGGAGCCUCUACAAGCGGAGGUGCAGUUGCUACGCAGCGCCCUACGACGAUCUGUACUUUCCAGCUGAGUCUGUCAUAGAUUGUCGACAAUCUGAAAUUUUUAUAGCAGCUCUGAGGUGCAUCAACUGA